GGUGUGCGCGUGCGGCAGGACUCCAAAACAUAAAAACAAUAAAAAUAAAAAAUAAAAAAAAAUCAGCGGAGGGUCAGAACCGGGAGAUUGAGUUUUUAUUUCGUAUUUUUUCACUGUAAAUAAUUUUUAAGGUGGAUUUUCGAUUUUUACUUGAACUGGGAAGAAUCCAGCCCACAUCCUAGCAGUAGCCAUGGGUAGAGGAGAAGGACGUGAGCAGUAUGAGCUGGCUGCCACCUCGGAGCAGUGCGGCAAGGGCAAGAAGGGGAGGGCCAAGAAGAAGGAGAAAGACAUGGAUGAACUGAAGAAGGAGGUGGACAUGGAUGACCACAAGCUGACCCUGGAUGAGCUCAACCGCAAAUACAGCACAGACCUCACCAAUGGUCUGACCAGUGCCAAGGCAGCAGAGAACCUGGCUCGGGACGGUCCCAACGCCCUCACGCCUCCUCCCACCACACCAGAGUGGGUUAAGUUCUGCAAACAGAUGUUCGGUGGGUUCUCCAUGCUGCUGUGGACUGGAGCCAUCCUCUGUUUCCUGGCAUACGGGAUCCAGGCUGCAAUGGAGGAUGAGCCGGCCAAUGAUAAUUUGUACUUGGGUGUUGUGCUUUCUGCUGUGGUCAUCAUCACUGGCUGCUUCUCCUACUACCAAGAGGCCAAGAGCUCCAAGAUCAUGGACUCCUUCAAGAACCUGGUGCCACAGCAAGCCCUGGUGGUCCGUGAUGGAGAGAAGAAAAGCAUCAACGCAGAGGAGGUGGUGGUUGGAGACCUGGUGGAGGUGAAAGGAGGAGACAGGAUCCCAGCUGAUCUCAGAAUCAUCUCUGCUCACGGCUGCAAGGUGGACAACUCUUCCCUGACCGGUGAAUCUGAGCCGCAGACCCGUACUCCGGAUUUCUCCAACGAAAACCCUCUGGAGACGAGAAACAUCGCUUUCUUCUCUACAAACUGUGUUGAAGGUACUGCCAGAGGUAUCGUGAUCAGCACAGGGGACCGCACAGUCAUGGGUCGCAUCGCUACCCUCGCCUCGGGACUAGAAGUCGGACGCACCCCUAUCUCCAUAGAGAUCGAGCACUUCAUCCACAUCAUCACCGGUGUGGCCGUCUUCCUGGGAGUGUCCUUCUUCGUCCUGUCCCUCAUCCUCGGGUAUACCUGGCUGGAGGCUGUUAUUUUCCUCAUUGGAAUCAUCGUGGCCAAUGUGCCCGAAGGACUACUGGCUACUGUCACUGUGUGUCUGACUCUGACGGCCAAGCGCAUGGCCAAGAAGAACUGCCUGGUGAAGAACCUGGAGGCUGUGGAGACCCUCGGCUCCACCUCCACCAUCUGCUCCGACAAGACGGGCACCCUGACCCAGAACAGGAUGACCGUGGCCCACAUGUGGUUCGACAACCAGAUCCACGAGGCCGACACCACCGAGAACCAGAGCGGCACCUCCUUCGACCGCAGCUCCGCCACAUGGGGAGCCCUGGCACGCAUCGCAGGCCUGUGCAACCGUGCCGUGUUCCUGGCCGAGCAGAGCAACAUUCCCAUUUUGAAGAGGGAUGUUGCUGGUGACGCCUCCGAAUCGGCCCUGCUCAAAUGCAUUGAGCUGUGCUGUGGACCGGUGCAGGAGAUGAGGGAGAAAAACUCCAAAAUUGCUGAGAUUCCAUUCAACUCUACCAACAAAUACCAGCUCUCCAUCCACAAGAACGGCACACCUGAGGGAGAGUCCAAGCACCUGCUGGUUAUGAAGGGGGCCCCGGAGAGGAUCCUGGACCGCUGCUCCUCCAUCCUGCUCCAGGGCAAAGAACAACCCCUGGACGACGAGAUGAAAGACGCCUUCCAGAACGCCUACCUGGAGCUGGGAGGUCUGGGGGAGAGAGUGCUGGGUUUCUGCCAUUACAACCUGCCCGACGAGCAGUUCCCAGAGGGCUUUGCUUUCGACACAGAUGAGGUGAACUUCCCCACGGAGAACCUGUGCUUCAUCGGCCUCAUGUCCAUGAUCGACCCUCCCCGAGCCGCUGUGCCCGACGCUGUGGGCAAGUGCAGGAGUGCCGGGAUCAAGGUCAUCAUGGUGACAGGUGAUCAUCCAAUCACAGCUAAGGCCAUUGCCAAAGGUGUGGGCAUCAUCUCUGAAGGCAACGAGACUGUGGAGGACAUCGCCGCUCGCCUCAACAUCCCCAUCAACGAAGUAAACCCCAGAGAUGCCAAAGCGUGUGUGGUCCACGGUGGAGACCUGAAGGACCUGAGCCCGGAGCAGCUGGACGACAUCCUCAAGUACCACACGGAGAUUGUGUUUGCCAGAACCUCUCCCCAGCAGAAGCUCAUCAUCGUGGAAGGAUGCCAGCGCCAGGGAGCCAUCGUGGCAGUGACAGGUGACGGCGUGAACGACUCUCCCGCCCUGAAGAAGGCCGACAUCGGUGUUGCCAUGGGUAUCGCCGGCUCAGACGUGUCCAAACAGGCCGCAGACAUGAUCCUGCUGGACGACAACUUUGCCUCCAUUGUUACCGGAGUGGAAGAAGGCCGUCUGAUCUUUGACAACCUCAAGAAGUCCAUCGCCUACACUCUGACCAGCAACAUCCCCGAAAUCACACCCUUCCUCCUCUUCAUCAUCGCCAGCAUUCCCCUACCCCUGGGAACAGUCACCAUCCUCUGUAUCGACCUGGGAACUGACAUGGUCCCCGCCAUCUCCCUGGCUUACGAAGCAGCUGAGAGCGACAUCAUGAAGAGACAGCCCAGAAAUCCAAAAACAGACAAACUCGUGAACGAAAGACUUAUCAGCAUCGCCUAUGGACAGAUCGGUAUGAUCCAGGCGCUUGCAGGUUUCUUCACAUAUUUCGUGAUCCUGGCUGAAAACGGCUUCCUGCCCACCACACUCCUGGGAAUCCGAGUGAACUGGGACAAUAAAUACAUCAACGACCUGGAGGACAGCUAUGGUCAGCAGUGGACCUACGAGCAGAGAAAGAUCGUCGAGUUCACCUGCCACACGGCCUUCUUCGCCAGCAUCGUCAUCGUGCAGUGGGCCGAUCUCAUCAUCUGUAAGACCAGGAGGAACUCUGUUUUCCAGCAGGGCAUGAAGAACAAAAUCCUGAUCUUUGGACUGUUCGAGGAGACCGCUCUGGCUGCCUUCCUCUCGUACUGCCCGGGUAUGGACGUCGCGCUCAGAAUGUACCCUCUCAAGCCCAACUGGUGGUUCUGCGCCUUCCCGUACUCCCUGCUUAUCUUUAUCUAUGAUGAAAUCCGUAAGCUGAUCCUCAGACGCAGCCCAGGAGGUUGGGUGGAGCGGGAGACCUACUAUUAAACCCCCUGUCCACCUCCCAAUCGUCCAAUCAGCUCGCAUCUCCUCCUCCACUCCCGUUAUUGCAUGAAUAUUGUCUUGCUGCUCGGAAUAAAAAUUUUAACCUCUGUGAAACAAAACAAAAAAAAACGUUAUGAAAAUUGGAAUAUUGUUUUUAUAUUAGGGAAUGCUUGAUACUACUCCUAGACAAAUAUGAGAUGGAUCGUGCUGUGGAUGCUGUUGACAAAUGAUAAUGCUAAUAAUGACAUGACUAUGCGUGCCUUGUUUAUGAACAGGACCAAUUUUAUACAUGUUUUUAACAGUUAACGAUCAAUAAAUGCGCUCGAGUCAGGUCCCA